AAAAUGUUGUUUUCAAAAUUUUCAUUUAGUGUAAGACUUUUUAAUAGGGGAUUAAAUGGCAAAAGUGUUGGAUUGAGAUCUAUUUGUACUGGGAAGAAACCUGAGGAGGAAAAGGAAAAAAAGGAUGAGGGAAAUAAAAAUGUUGGUUCAGGCAAGAAAGGCUUGGUCUUAGGUGUGUAUCAAACAGGCAAGAAGUUUGAACUGUCACCAGUUGCACAAGAAGUGAACCAGAAGUGUGGUGACAAAAUAGCACAGCAUUUAAAUACGUUGUCCAGUGAACUGGCGCUGGGCAAGGCGUUUGCCCUGACUGACAUCUUGCCGGAGUACUCUGCUGUAGCACUCACCUCGCUGGGGCCUAAGGAUGCGAGUUAUAACGAAAUGGAGUCACUUGAUGAAGCCAGGGAGAACGUCCGGUGGGCUGUGGGCGCGGGCGUGAAGCGGCUGAAGCGUCGCGGCUGCACGGCCAUCGAUGUUGACCCGGCCACCGCGCCUGAUGCCGCCGCCGAGGCUGCUGAGCUGGCUGCUUGGAAGUUCGAAUGUUUCAAGUCAACGUCCGGUGAUAAGUCGGAGAUAGCAGUGAACCUCUACGGUACUGAAGGCAAGGAGUCAUGGAAGGAGGGUGCGGUGCGCGGGAGGGCGCAGAACUGGGCGCGGUUCCUCUCUGACAUGCCUGCUAAUAUGAUGACGCCGGUGGAUUUGGCGCAGGCAGCCCUCGACAUGCUGUGCCCGCUGGGCGUGCGCGUGGAGGCGCACGACCUGGAGUGGAUCCGCGCGCAGCGCAUGCGCGCCUUCCUCGCUGUGGCCCGCGGCUCCUGCACGCCGCCGCUCUUCCUCGACUGCACCUACCGCGGCGCCGGCGCCACCACGCCGCCCGUGCUCAUCGCUGCUAAGGGAGUUACUUUUGACAGCGGCGGGUUAUGCCUGAAGCAGUGCGAGGCGAUGAUAGACAAUCGCGGCAGCAUGGCGGGCGCCGCCGUCGCUCUCGCCGCGCUCAAGACUGUUGCCAAGCUUAAGUUACCGAUGAACAUUUCGCUGGUGAUUCCUAUCUGUGAGAACAUGGUGAGCGGGCAGUGUAUGAAGGUCGGAGACGUUGUACAGGCACUCAAUGGCACGUCCAUUAUAGUAGAGAAUACGGACAUGGAAGGUCGUCUGAUGAUGGCAGAUGCACUGGUGUACGGGCAGGCGUUGUACAAGCCUUCACUGGUUAUUGAUGUUGCUACUUUUACUAUGGGUGUGCUGAUGGCGACGGGCGGCGGCGCGUUCGGCUGCUUCAGCAACAGCGCCGACGCGUGGAAGGCGACGCGAGCUGCCGGCGCCCGCGCCGGGGACCGGCCCUGGCGCUUCCCGCUGUGGCACUACUACCAGAAGCAGAUCAUCAAUGAUCCAUCUGUAGAUCUGAGAAACAAAGGAUCUGGAACCGCAACCCCUUGUCUCGGAGCUGCUUUUUUGAAGAACUUCAUCUGCGGCGACUGGGUGCACAUGGACAUCACGGGCGUCGGCAAGGUGGCGUCCGUGGGCGCCCCGCCCUACCUCAACCCGCGCCGCAUGACGGGCCGCCCCGCGCGGACACUCGCCACCCUGCUGCACGACAUCGCCAGCGCCAGCGGGGCCAAGGCGGCUGAGAACAAGGAGUUUGGCUGUGCUGCUAAUCCCUAGACACACCACUAAUAUGAUAAGGUGGUAAUAUGUCAUUAGAUGACAGAAGGCCACAAACUUCUUGUGUGAGCACCAUUGCUCUAAAAGAGCAUUCCCAAAUGAUAUUUAUUUUGCAAACAGGAGACGGGUAGGAAAUCCAAUACGGUAACAAUAUCUAUACAAGUCGUUAAGUCCGUAAACAAGUCCACCAUCCACGCAACAGUUGACGAUCGUGUUUACGCAGCAAUAUCUAGUCUCUACGACGAAAGUAUGUAUUUUUUUUUGUCUUAUUGAGCUUAUCUUUGUACAGUUUACACCAUUUUUAUGAGAAGGCCUAUUACUUUUUUAAACUAAUGGAGAAACAUUUUUUCUUCUCAUAAAAACAAAUCUAAUGUGUUUAGUGAAACAGUUUUGUAUUUUUUGUACACUUUACAAAUAUACUGUGGCAAAACUGUGUUAUUUCAAUUCAAACUUAACGUAAAGGACUAUCUCUUCAAAUAUACAACAUUUCGCUUCAUUGAGAUCUUUAUCGUUAUAAGCAUUACAUGAAAAAUACAUUGAGAAAUUCGACCGAACCACAACCAGCGUGUAGGCGAUAGUUGAGCACACAAACAUUGAGGUGAGCUCAUUUGUCUACCGGUAUAUAUAAACAGAACAUUAGUACUGGCGAGGUACACUAUGCUAACACAACUCAACAUAUAAUCAAAUCAACAGGGGCGAAAUGAAACACCGAUGCUUAUUGACCUAAAAAUGAAGAAACAUUUAUUUUCAGUAUGUCUUUUGUAAAAUUUAAUAACAGAAUGAAUCAAAUGUGGUAAGAGAAUAACAGAGCGGAUUACUUUCCAUUUCGAUAGAAUUAGUUUCACCAACAAUAGAAAUAUAAUAUUUAUCAAGUCAUUUACAGAUACAAUUAAUGCAGUACCAAUAAAUCUAAUUUAUUCGUUUACUGAGUUAGUUAAAUUUAAACAUUUAUUACGAUCAUAAUGUACACGGAGUGGAGCGAGCGGCCGGGACCGUCCGCCGGGUACACUAUAUUUUUUUGGGAUUUUUUAAAUUUUUAUUCCUCACGUACUUUAUAAAUAUCUCAUACUUGAAAAAAAUUUACAUUAAAAUGUAUCGGAAAGGUGCGGGACGCUAGCACCGCAGACACUAGGGCGCGACGCAACAGUACAGAGGCAUGCACACACACACGACGGCGGCCGCCCCCAAUAUACACUAAUAUAAAUUAUGAGCCGACACGAACCCGAGACUUAUACCAUCACAUUGCGACGCACACCUAUUCGUUUUCCCUUUGUACCGCUACAGUUAAAAUUUUUCUUACAUAGUAAAAUUAACGGAAUACUUUAAAAUCUAAAUAAAAAGAGAAGGCGGAGGCGACGGAGGGCGGCGCUCGGCGGCCGUCCGUCGUCCGCGCCGGACGUUACAA